AUGGCAGAAGCUGUCAGCCAGUCAGAUUGGCUGGCAGCAUUUGAGGACGAGUUUCCCGUCUCCCACCAGUGUUGGGCAGUACUGGACAUUGUUCCCCAGACAUCUGUACGGAAAGUUCUAUUUGAUGGAGAUUUGAACAUCAGUGCGUUUGCUGCACAGCAUGUGGUCCCUGGCUACGUAAUGACCUACUCUAAUAUAUCUUUGGAAGCUUCUGAAAAAGCAGGGGAAAUAGCCACCGUCCCACUGACAAAAAUAAUAAUGGAACAGUACAAAAGGUUUGCCUGGGUGGCCUGGUUUACAGAGAUUUUUAUCACUGUCAGCAUUACAGUUUCUUUUCUAGUGCUUGGAUCUGCAAUGAAGCAUACAUUGGAGGGUUGGGUAGAUUCCUUCUGGAACGAAAAAUGUGAAACAGCUGCUGAACGUUGUGAAAAGUCUUGCUUUCAAUUAAUUAAGAUCAGUGGUGCAAAAAGUUUGACACAAGGAUUAAUUUGCCUGCUGGGAUUCGGGAUUAUUUUUUUGGUGGCUAUGUCUAAUCCAAAGGGAUUUGUUAUUGUGCUUGAUAAAGUCACCUCAUUUGCUUUAAAUCUUGAAGCUGGCUUGUUCAUUUUCCUGAUGCUGAGAAAUUCUCGAUCAGAGCCAUAUAACUAUCAGCUCAAUCUCACCACGCUAACAGGCAUGAUGCAACUUGGUGAUGAUGUGCGUGACUAUGUACCUCUGACCUCCCAGCCUAAUUUCAGCUUUCAGACACCCAAGAAUUGCACAGUGACAGAAGACCCAGGAAGAUCAGAGGUAGCAACAGUGUAA